AGGACUGUACCGAUCGAAACUCUACUUGCAUAGGAGCGAGAUGAGAGGACCCCGUUUAGCCGCCAUUCCAGUCUCACCGUCACCGUUCGCCAGCUCCUUCACCGCCGUUCGCCGGCGACACUGCUUUCCACCGCCGGCCGUGCGGGGACCUCGAGGGUUUGACGGCGGCACUAACAAAUACUGGGACAAGUUCUACAAGCGCCACCAAAACAAGUUCUUCAAGGACCGGCAUUACUUGGAUAAGGAUUGGGGGAAAUACUUCUCCGAUGAUAGUUCCGCAUCUUCGAAUGGGAAGGUCGUUUUGGAGUGGCAGGUUGGUUGUGGAGCAGGCAAUACUGUAUUUCCCCUGGUUGCUAAAUAUCCUAAACUAUUUGUUCACGCCUGUGACUUCUCGCCCCACGCGAUUGUCCUUGUUAAGUCAAAUGUGAAUUUCAAUGAAGACCAAGUCAAUGCUUUUCUUUGUGAUGUUGUGACUGAUGAUCUCUGUGACACAAUGAUGCCUUCUUCUAUUGAUGUUGUUACCUUGAUUUUUAUGUUGUCUGCAGUUUGUCCAAAGAAGAUGCACUUGAUACUGCAGAAUGUCAAGAAAGUAUUAAAGCCAGAUGGUCACAUUCUUUUGCGAGAUUAUGCAAUAGGAGAUUAUGCUCAAGUAGAGUUGGAUAAGAGGAAUCAGAUGAUUAGUGAGAACUUCUAUAUUCGAGGAGAUGGUACUAGCGCUUUUUACUUCUCUGAAGAAUUUUUGUCAGCCUUGUUUGGAGGUGCUGGCUUCACCAUUGUAGAUAUGGAUAUAUACGGCAGACAGAUUCAGAAUCGUUCUCAGAACAUAACCAUGUCUCGGCGAUGGAUACGAGCCACAUUCAGCCAAUUUGCUUGUGUUGCUCCUCAAUGAAAUUUUUGGUGCUUUGACGGACCAGAAAUAACCCUACAGCCAGACCACUAAAUGUACCCGACUGCGCAACCCAAACCUCCUAGGGAGCUAGUGCGGUCACACCAGUCAUGGCUCUCCACUUACUUCAGGGUACUCACCCGGUGAGAAAUCAAAUUGCAGACCUUGAAGAGUACUCCCAAAGUUUGAUUUGUUUCCUUAUAGUGUGGACAUACAUGGAUUUGAUAGUUGAGGUGGAAUAAAUGUACACAAUGAGGCAAAUUAAUUACUCUAUUGUUUUCCGGUACUCAAUAUUUAACCAACUUACUAGAUUGUUAAUGAGUUUUUUUAAUUAAUGAAAAUGUUUAGAAUUUUUUCUUGAAAAAAUGUAUUAUUUUCAAGUCUUUGUUUUGUGAAUCGUACAAAUAAUUUUGAGACAAUGGUAGUAUUUUUUUUUAUCUAUGCUAUUGACUCAUAUUUUU